AUGUCCAUUGCCCAAGAGUUUGACUUGAUCAUCAAAACAUAUAAUGACAAGAUUGUUCAUCCUGCAUCAAGACAAGAUUCGCCAGAAUUUCAAAAUUUAAUUUCAUCGACUAUUGAAAAAUUACUGACUUUGAAAAAUACAGUGUAUACAAAGCUAUCCUUGUUUAGUACGAAUGAAACCGUUGAAGAUAUGACUACAAGCUCCUUAAAGUUUUUAUCAAUAGAUUACUAUUUGGCAAUGCUUUUCUCCAGAAAACAAGUAACCGCUAAUCAGGUUGAGAAUAGCGAGAACAGAAAUAAGCUAAAAUUGAAGUUCUUGGAAAAGUCCCUGCAACUCUUCAUGCAGUUUAUCGUUAGUCUGGAUCAAAGCGAAAUUCUAGAUUCUUAUUUAUCCAAAAAGAUUAAUUCUUUUGAGCAUACAUACGAACCAACACUGAAGGAAAUGUACUCUCAACCGUCAAACAAGGAUGAUCUCUCGGGUGCUCAAUUGAAAAGACAGCAAAAAAUUGAGGUAUAUCGUACUACAAAAGCUAUAAAUGAGAAAUUGGCUUUUAUUGAAUCAAAAUAUAAAAACAUAGAUGAUAAUGAUGAUAUCGAUGAUUUUCAAGAUGGUGAAGAACUUUUACGAGAAUUGUAUCUUCAAAAAUUGAAAAGUUUGGCUUAUGAUACCUUUGACAACGUUGAAAAGAUUCUUUAUGAGGGUGAAUUAUUGAAGAACUUUACACGGAACCCAGAACACCAACGAAGACAGCCGGAAAUGGUCGAUUCAAGCAGUAGCAGUGGCUAUACAGAGAAGCUAGAGUCAUUGAAUAAACCACUAAUCUCAAAGGAGGGUAAAGUCCUCAGAAAUUUCACACUAUUGGACAAGAAGAGUGAGCUCCAGAGAAAGGUGCGUGGUUAUGGCCAAUAUGGACCUACAAUGUCCGUAGAGGAAUUCUUGGAAAAAGAGUGGGAGUCUGGUAGAGUUCUUCAGGGUGGUGAGGUUACUCAAGAGCAAAGUAAGGAAGAUGCCGAGGAUAAUGAGACAUUACAGGAUAUAGAAACAUACAAAGCCCGUGAAUGGGAUGAGUUCAAAGAAGCAAAUCCAAGAGGUAGCGGGAAUACCACCAAUAGAGGUUGA